UCUCCACUACCAGAGUUUCUUACGUAGGACUGACAGAAGUCCAGAGUACUGACCCAAAAGAGUCUGAUACCCAGGUGUCACAUUUCAAGACGAGAGGCACUGAGGAUGAGGAAUCAACUGAAAAGUGUGAAAAUGUCGGAAAUGCAGAAUCUCUGUGGCUAAAAGUGGAAGGUCUUCACAAGGAUCAUAUGCAGGAAUCUAAGGUUGGUGAAACUUGUGAUUGGGAUAGCAAGGUAGAGAACCAAUUGGAAAAGCCUGAGGGAAAAAGAAUGAUGGAAGACAAAAGUGGCAUCAGGGAAAAGAUUGGAAAAGCCAAGAACACAGCAAAUAUAAAGACAGAACAGAAAGACAAGGCAUCUGAGAAAAGCUUACAUCUGAGCUCAAAGCACGUUACAUACCAGACCAUCCCUAUAGAACAGAGAAGCAGUGAACAAGGCAAAUGUGUGGAGAACAUCAAUGGAAAUUCACAUCCCCAUCUGAAGCAGGAAACCAGUGCUUUUAAGAAAUCUCAUAAAUGUGAUGAGUGUGGGAAAUUCUUCAAAUAUAAUUCCCGCCUUAUUCAACAUAAAAUUAUGCACACUGGGGAAAAACGCUAUGAGUGCGAAGACUGUGGAGGGACUUUCCGGAGCAGUUCGAGCCUUCGAGUCCACAAGCGGAUCCAUACUGGGGAGAAGCCGUAUAAGUGUGAGGAAUGUGGGAAAGCCUACAUGUCCUAUUCCAGCCUUAUAAACCAUAAAAGCACCCAUUCUGGGGAGAAGAACUGUAAAUGUGAUGAGUGUGGAAAAUCUUUCAACUAUAGCUCUGUUUUAGACCAGCAUAAGAGGAUCCACACUGGGGAGAAGCCCUAUGAAUGUGGUGAGUGUGGAAAAGCCUUCAGGAACAGCUCUGGUCUCAGAGUCCACAAAAGGAUCCACACAGGGGAGAAGCCUUAUGAAUGCGAUAUCUGUGGGAAAACUUUUAGUAAUAGCUCUGGCCUUAGGGUUCACAAAAGGAUCCACACAGGUGAAAAGCCCUAUGAAUGUGAUGAGUGUGGGAAGGCCUUCAUUACUUGCAGAACACUCCUAAACCAUAAAAGCAUCCACUUUGGAGAUAAACCUUACAAAUGUGAUGAGUGUGAGAAAUCAUUUAAUUAUAGCUCUCUCCUCAUUCAGCAUAAAGUCAUCCACACUGGAGAAAAACCUUAUGAAUGUGAUGAAUGUGGGAAGGCCUUCAGGAAUAGCUCAGGCCUUAUUGUACAUAAAAGAAUCCACACGGGAGAGAAACCUUACAAGUGUGAUGUCUGUGGCAAAGCGUUCAGCUAUAGCUCAGGCCUUGCAGUCCAUAAAAGCAUUCACCCUGGGAAGAAAGCUCAUGAAUGUAAGGAGUGUGGAAAAUCUUUCAGCUAUAACUCACUUCUUCUUCAACAUAAGACUAUUCACACUGGAGAGAGACCUUAUGUAUGUGAUGUGUGUGGCAAAACCUUCAGAAACAAUUCAGGUCUCAAAGUCCACAGGAGGCUCCACACUGGGGAAAAACCAUACAAGUGUGAUGUGUGUGGGAAAGCCUAUAUCUCACGUUCUAGCCUUAAAAACCACAAAGGAAUCCAUCUUGGGGAGAAGCCCUAUAAAUGUAGCUAUUGUGAGAAAUCUUUCAAUUAUAGCUCUGCCCUUGAACAGCAUAAAAGGAUUCAUACGAGGGAGAAACCUUUUGGGUGUGAUGAGUGUGGAAAAGCCUUCAGAAAUAAUUCAGGUCUUAAAGUACAUAAACGAAUCCAUACUGGGGAGAGACCUUACAAAUGUGAAGAAUGUGGGAAAGCCUACAUCUCGCUCUCAAGCCUUAUAAAUCAUAAAAGUGUACACCCUGGGGAAAAGCCCUAUAAGUGUGAGGAGUGUGAAAAGGCCUUUAUCACAUACCGAACCCUUAUAAACCACAAAAAAAUUCAUCUUGGGGAGAAGCCCUACAAAUGUGAUGUGUGUGAGAAAUCUUUUAAUUACACCUCACUCCUUUCUCAACACAAAAGAGUUCACACUAGAGAAAAGCCCUAUGAAUGCGACAGGUGUGAGAAGGUCUUCAGAAACAACUCAAGCCUUAAGGUGCAUAAAAGAAUUCAUACUGGGGAGAAACCCUAUGAAUGUGAUGUGUGUGGAAAAGCCUACAUCUCACACUCAAGCCUUAUUAACCAUAAAAGUACCCACCCUGGCAAGACACCCUAUACAUGUGAUGAAUGUGGAAAAGCUUUUUUCUCAAGCAGAACUCUUAUAAGCCAUAAAAGAGUUCAUCUUGGGGAGAAACCCUUCAAAUGUGUCGAGUGUGGGAAAUCUUUCAGUUACAGCUCACUUCUUUCUCAACACAAGAGGAUCCACACAGGGGAGAAGCCCUAUGUAUGUGAUGGUUGUGGAAAGGCAUUCCGGAACAGCUCAGGCCUCACAGUGCAUAAAAGGAUCCACACGGGCGAGAAACCCUAUGGAUGUGAUGAGUGUGGGAAGGCCUACAUCUCACACUCGAGUCUUAUCAACCAUAAAAGCAUCCAUCGUGGGCAGCAGCCCUAUAAUUGUGAGUGUGGGAAAUCCUUUAAUUAUAGAUCUGUUCUUGACCAACACAAAAGGAUCCACACUGGGAAGAAGCCAUUCAAGUGUAGUGAGUGUGGGAAGGCUUUUAAUAUCAGAUCAGAUCUCACCAAGCAUAAAAGAAUCCAUGCAGGGGAGGAAUCUUUAAAUGUGCCAAAUGUGGGAAGUUACAGUGGCACAUCACAAAAGAGAACUCAUGAGGGUGGGAAUGUUCUGGAUGGGACCAGGAUGAGCUUGUCUCUGUAGGAGGCAAAGCUUACUGAGUCUCAAAGAACUCAAAUGGGAGAACAAUCCUGUGAAUGUAAGAAUAUCUGAGGUCCUUGUUCAUGGCUUAUAAUUUACAUGGUAUAAACAAAACCAUGAUCUUUUCUAUGCUUCAGUCAUAGCCAGCAAGGAAGCCUCCAAUGUCAAGGUAGUUGAGCCCUAUGUUUCAUACUGGGGAUAAAACCUAUCAAAAUGAUAGAAUGUUAAAAUAAAACCUUCAAAAUAAGCAGAGAUUUCUGGAAAGACAAGGAAAUAUAUGAAUGAGAAAAGGGUUUCAUUUAGAAGUCACACAGUCACCAUUAGAAAGUUCAUAUUUAGGUAAGUUCUGUGAAUCUAAGUGUGGGACAUUCAGGUAUAGCUUUGAGUCCCAAUUAUAGAUUGGUCAGUGGAAAAAUCCCAAGAAGGUCCUCCAACAGGCAAAUUCAGGGAGAGAUAGGCUUCAGGGAAUAUAAAUUUAUUUAAUAGUGAUCAUGGGAUAAAAAGAAUAUAAUUGAAUGGUUUGGGAAGGAGGUGAUGACAAAUUCUGAAAUAAAAUUUGAAUUUUGUGGGGAAAGUAAAGAGUGUAAGAUAAGAGAGAACCUCUUUUAAAAAAAAGACAGGUUGAUUGGAUUAUGCUAUUAUAAUGUGAUACACUAGUUGAGUGGGUGAAAGUUUUUUUAAAAUUCAAAUAAAACCCCUCAAUGAAUAAUAAAUGUGUAAUGAGUGAAAACCUACAAAUAAAAGGUUGUGCCAUGGAGAGAAAUACAGCACAUUCAGGUACUAACGGAACACAUCAUUAUGAAUUUGCACAAAAAGAAUUGAUUCAGGGAUUCCUAUGAAUAGGAAUGCUGAGAAGGAGAGCAUUUUAUUGUAGAAAUGAAAAAAUUAAGUACCAAUAAUCAGGGCAUAGGAAAUUCAUGCUUCUUAAUCUUGUAAAAUGAUUGUGUUGGCCUGUUAUUGUAAAGCUUUUAUGCACUACAUGUGUGUAUUGUCUUUUGUAAAAUAUUAUGAAUAUGUUGUUCAGGGCUUACUCUCUCUUGGCCAUGAAGAGACUGAUAAUUGUGGCAAGGUAAGGUGGAACUCCAAUAAAGAAAUCCCUCAAAAGUGAACAGGCUGUGCCUGGACUUGAGAUGGAGCAGUAUGCAGGGAAA